UCUCUAUUGUGUCUGGUAGUUUCGUAUAUUUAGCCCAGUCAUUCUGUUUCACGACAACUACAGUUGUGAUCAUCACCUGGUCGAAUUAAAGAAGCAAAAAGUGAACGCUAUGCUCAAGUACAAUGGUCAGUUCUGGAGUCACAUCAUCCUAAGUACACGUUAUGCAUCCCCAUUACACACACCUAUGACUUCACCAUCCCUAUCAUCCAAUGAUGAUAACGAUGAUGAUGACGAUGAGGCCGAAGAAGAGAUCAUCAUUGUAUCUGAAGAAGAACAAGAACAAAAAACUCAAAAAUCAGCAUCCAUAGAAAUAAAGAAGAAGAAGAAAAGAAGAGGCAACCUACCCAAGGAUGUGACAGCUAUCCUAAAGGAAUGGUUACAGGAACAUUCAGGACAUCCUUAUCCUACAGAAGAAGAAAAGAAGCUACUUGUGCAAAGGACCAAUCUUUCACUAAAUCAGAUCAGUAACUGGUUUAUCAAUGCUCGUAGACGAUUACUUCCUAUUCUAUUAGCAAAUCAUCAACAAGAACCUAAAAAAAGCGUCAAGAGAAAAUCAAGUAGAAACAUAGAAGGUAUAAAAUGACGUAUGCAAUUUUUUUUACUUGACUAACAAAAAAAUAUAUGCUAUUAUAGAAGGAGGCAAUAACAAGAAUAAGAGACUGCGUUCAAGAAAUUAAAGAUCUACUUCAUUUCUCUCUCUUUCUCUCUCUCUUCCCCUCCUCUUUUGGUGUGUUUCUCUCUAUGUAUAGUGAUUGUAUUUUAAAGUUGUAUUAUUUGAUAAAUUGUUGAAGGCUCAGUGCGAUGCAUAAUAGGGCAUAUAUUUAGA